AUUGCGAAAGCAAUGAUUACAUCUGGAAAGCUUUUGGCUGAAAGUCAGGUAUCCACAGCAACUGGUGAAGAACCAAAACUGGAAGCUAGGAUGCUGAAGUUUGGAGAUCUUCAGGUUGAACUAACAUCAGAAAAGUCUUAUAUUGGCGCCGCAAUCGGUUUCAUUUUUGGGAUUAUUUCGUGGCAAUUAAGUCAAGGCAUUCAAAGCAUACCAGAGAGCUCGUUGCAGUAUGCAAAUGACAAUGCUUUGCUGCUUGCCAAGUCUUUGCGGGGAGCGCUACUUGCAAUGUGUUACGCAUCAACUGUCUUGUCCGCUUUCACUACUGUUGGACUUGUCUUUCUUGGAGGACAACUCAAGCCAAAAGAAGAGUGAAAUUCUUGGAGCUUCCUUGCCUCAGUUUUGCCUGUAAAUUCUAAUACUUAAGUUAUACCAAAGAAGAGUUACAAUAAUGACAAUGAAAAUGAACAAUCUCAGUUAACUGCUCCUCAAUUCUAUGAGCGAUAUCACUUUUGUGCCUUCACUCUGUAAAUUUUAUCCCUCAUAACUCAACUAAUGAUUGGCAUUGUAUUUUUUAUCUUAGCUGCACUUGAUGAUGUUCUGAUUGACAAACCAAUUCCUAUGAUUUCCUGA